UGUUGUCGGUAAAGGAAAGCAGCGCUAUUUGUUUCCUUUUAAUACGCAUUUGUUUACAGUAUGGACGUUGUAGCCGUCAUACAGUAAAUAAGCAAGAUUAUAGCUAAUGAUACAACAUUAUUUAUUAUUUCGGUUGUGUAAGUUGGAAACCAGAGAGUGUUUGCCGCCAAUUAUCAAAUGACUACCCGUGGCAGCGUUAAAUGUCUGUGAUGUUGAUGUUUUGAUAAAGGUGAGAGAAAGCGUAACACAAUUUUCCAAGAGUUUGGAGUCAUUAAAAUGACAUAGUGUUAGACGAAAUUGAGAAGCAUGAGGCAGAUUUAACUGUUCAUUGAAGGCCCCCGUCUCCACGACUGAAGCGUGUUAAAGCCCAUCGGCAAGAUAAGUCAACAACAGCUGAAUGAUAUGUUAUGCUAAUAUGUUUACGUUCUUAGACGAAUUGUUCCUGUUCCUGCAAGGCGUCAACACUACUGAGAGGGUUACGCUGUAGUUUCCUUCACAAGUGCAUAUAGUGGACUAGAAUCAAAUCAUCUGAAAAUAAAGGUGCAAAAUGGCCCAAAGUCCUGCCCGAAAACAGAAGAGAAAAACAUAUACAAAAGAAGAACUUCAGGAGUUGUCAAAAGAAGAACUGAUCUCAAGAGUUCUGCAGUUGGAAGCCUAUAACACACAAUUAAAGUGUUCACUAACUAAACGACUGAGUGAAGUGGAGAACACAGUCAGUAUUGAAGAAACAAAGCGCAAACGAGCUUUUGAUUUUUCAAAUUGCAUUAAGAGGCAUAUUAUGUUGAAAGUAUUGUAUCUUGGAUGGAAUUAUCAGGGUCUAGCAACACAGGAGGACAGCACUAAAACGAUUGAACAUGAGCUGUUUGCAGCUCUGUACAAAACUUGCCUUGUUGAAAGCAGGGAGACUGCCAAUUAUCAUCGAUGUGGUCGUACAGAUAAGGGUGUAAGUGCUUUCUGUCAGGCAUUCACAUUAGAUGUUAGAAGCAACUUGACUGAAGAGGAAGUACACUCAGGAAGCACUAACUCAGAACUACCGUAUCCAAAGCUUUUGAACCGUGUUUUGCCAAGUGACAUUAGGGUUCUAUCCUGGACACCUGUACCACAAGGCUUCAGUGCAAGAUUUGAUUGCAAAUCUAGGACAUACAAAUAUUUUUUCCCUAGAGGAAAUUUAGAUCUACAGAGGAUUAGUGAAGCUGCAUGCUAUCUGGUAGGUAGCCAUGAUUUUCGUAAUUUGUGUAAAAUGGAUGUAAAGAAUGGAGUAAUCAAUUAUAUAAGGGAAAUUCUUAGCAUCGAACUGAAAGUUGUCUCUGAGGAUCCUGCAAAAGUAGUAUCAUAUGACGUGUGUGUACUAACAGUAAAAGGAAAAGGCUUUCUUUGGCACCAGAUAAGAUGCAUUGUUGGUGUUUUGUUCUUAAUUGGUCAAGGCAAGGAGGAGCCCACUGUUAUAAAGGACUUACUAAAUGUUGAUAUUAACCCACAGAAACCUCAGUAUUGUCUUGCUAAUGAAGUUCCACUUAAUCUCUUCCAUUGUGAAUUUGAUGAAAUGGGGGAGAUAGUGGACAAUGAUACACUAAUAAGUGUGAUACAUGAACUCCAGAGAAUUUGGACAAUUCAUGCUGUUAAAACAACAAUGGUGCGUUCUAUGUUGUGCUGCUUGCAAGAAAAUAUAGAGCAAAAUGCAAAUGAACAAAGUUCAUGCCUUCUUGAUGGAGUGAAACGAAAAGUUUACCAGCCGCUCUUUGAGCGGCCAAAAUGUGAUAGUUUGGAUGAGCGCAUUCAGCAUUACAUAAAAAAGAAGAAAAUUGAGCUUCCAGAAAAUGAGAGAGAAAAUGCGAAGUAGUGAUCAACAGUUUAGUUUGACAAUUGUAUAUUUGAAAAUAAAUAUUGAGAUUUUUUGGUAAUUGGGUAAAUGUUGAUGUAACACAACCAAAUGAAAAAAAGUUGAUCUAAUGGGAAGAUAUUUGUUCAGCUUUUCUACGUACUUGGUUAAGCAGAGAUAGGACAUUACUAAUGGGAAAAAUAAUCAUUUUGUCCGUUACAUGAAUUUGUACCCUUUUUGCUGCCACAGUUUUGAUAUUAUGGUAUAGGAGGAAAACAUUGCAUCUUUUAUGAAUUAUUUUUGUUGCAAACCCUGUAGUAAAACCUGCAAGAGUCUCUUCAACAGUUUCACAUGAUGACAGCUGAAAGUUGGUCCACAAAAAAUAUCAGUAGUACUUUAACAGUUUUCUGUUUUUAUUCCUAAAAUAUUUAGUGAAUUUUUAAAUAGUAUGAAGUCCUAAAUGAGAUGAAGAUAGUUGUCUGCUUUCUUCACAUUUGUGAUGUAUUUAAAACAUUUGCUACAACAUCUGGUUGUGGAAGCGUGUUACAUUUUCUUUAUUCAUCACUAGAGCAUGACUCUUGGCCUUCAGUGUGUAUGGAGAAAGAAAGUCAUCAUUGGAUUCCACUAUUUCUGUCACAUUAUAUGUGCAAUGAAAAAAACAAGAAGCUACCUGUUUGCAAGACUUGGGCUCUAUUUGCUGAUUUGUGUGUGUGUGUGUGUUAAACAGCAAAUGAUAAAUGGACUGUUUAACCAAAAAUUCCACCUGUUGGUUCCACAUUUGUUCCUUCUUAAACUGUAUAGAGAAGAAAAGUAUCCAUUUCUGUGAGAUUGUGACCUGCGUCAUUUCCUUACUCCCGGUGGAGACUGACACAUUUGACAAUUGGGAACAUCUGUUCUAUUCAGUUUUCUUUAUCCUCAUCAUCCACUAUGCAAGUGACUCAUAACUUUGGCAUUCUUCCUUCUAAUGCCACACCUUUAAACUACCUCUGGAAGAUUACUUUACACCAUUUAGUUGAUUCUUGCCACUACGUUUCCCUCAACAUACACCUGUAAAUCUCCUUUUCAUUCAUACUCCCUUGUUAUUGCCAUCAUUUGUCCAAUUUUUUGUAAUGAUUUAUUUAUUGUCUGUUUGGCGUUUUCAGACAUUAGCUGCCUGGACCAUUUACUACUACUUUCCUUUUUAUCUUUGUUGCUCCAUUAAUGCCUCUGUUUUGUGUUUGCCCAUCCACUGUCCUGAAAACUGCACAACCUACCAUUUCUACCUUGUCAAGUUUACAGAUCUCGUCUGUUGCUGUUAAUACAUUGGAAACAGAAUUCAAAUACCCCAAACAGGGUAGCUGAACUCCAAAUUUAGCACACUGCCUUACCACAAUGAGUGCAACAAAUUCGAAUGAUGGGCUGUGGAGUUCAUAUCUGGUCUGUAUAUUCAUAUAUGUUAUAUCAGUUUGUAAUGACAAACAUACAAAAGCUUUUACCAAAACAUUUUUUUAUCCCAAGGAAAAAAGGAACUUGUACAAACUAUUCUUCAACAUAAUUUGGCUUCUUGCUUGUUUUGAAAUGCACAAACAAAGAUAAACAUCCUAAUCAGGGCAUCGCCUGAGUGUUUCAUUUCAGACACAUUUUGCUUCCUGCUCUUCAUGACGUCAGCACACACUUUGCAGAAACUUGUUGGGUGUGAAUAUUUUAUGGUUAUUAUUAUUAUCACUAUUAUUAUUAUUAUUAUUAUUAUUAUUUAGUAUGCGAUUUGUUUUUCUGGAAAUGUUUGCCACAGUUUGGAGAGGGUUAACUUUUUCUUUCAUCCAUAUUUCUUGUCUUGUGACACCUGCCAUGAACAGAAAAAAGUAGUUGGUUCCACCAUUUGUAAUGAGACUUCUUGAAGGGGUAAUAACCCAUCAUUAGCUUUUAUUCAUACCUCCUACUUUACUCUCACAAGUGUGCUACCUCAAGGCUGUGCAUUGCACAAGCAGUGAACCAGCAGGGGUAUAAGCUUUGAGAAGAAAUGGUAUGAGACUUGGAACAGAGUGGUGUUACAGAAAGUGCUGUUGGGAACUGCAAAUUAUUAAGAAUAUGGGAACUGUAUGGCACAAUAAUGCACAAACGUUUUAUAAGUAGAAGUUAUUGUACUGGAUGUAAUACAAAAAUUGGAAGGAAUAACUGUAUCCACUUACUAUGUAGUUAAGGUAUUGAGUAGGAGCCAGACUUAUAUUAAAAAGUAAAGGUUAAUUUAUUUGGUCUCAGGAACAACUAUGUCAUUGAAAUUUGUUUCUGUAAUGUUAAAAUACAGAGGUAGUUCAGAGAUGUCUGUGCUUGUUUGCCACUCACUGGCUCAAGUAUAUGGUGAGGAUAUGUUAGAUUUUGAUAUGUAUUAUAAUAUAUAGCAUUACAACGGUGGUUAUUCAACAGACUAACACAUUGUUAUAGUGACAUAAUAAUCUUGUGGUAAAUUCUUGAAUUUCAGUGUAUGAUAUGCAAGGCCUUGCUUUAAUUUUCUCACUAGCUAAUGAACAUAAUUAAAAUCUUUUUGUUUAGUGAUUGGUUACACAGUAUAUUUCACAGUGAUUAGAAUAAGUUAGUGACAUAUUGAUAGUCUCUUUGUAACUGAUAAAAUACCAGCUCCUUACUUGUAACUGUAAUGAAAAUUCCUGGAUAAAAGCAACAUACAAAAACAUGAAGAAAUGCAACCACUAAACUACAGUAAUUCCUUUCCUCAUGUUUCAGCUAGAGAGUAGUCUUUUUGUGGUGUAUCAUUAUUAUAAUGUUCUAUGCUUAAAUUUGUUGAGCAAAUAUGUAACUCUGUGACUACACAGGCCCUUGUUGACUCAUUCGUCUCUUGUUCGAGCCCUAUAUGCCUUUUCCAUUAAUCCAAGUCGAAGAACUUCAGGAAUAGUUUGAUCACUGGCUUUGUUAGUGGAUCUUCUUUUUAAAUUAAUUACAUUUUCAAGAACUCUUCCAAUGUCAUACCCGUAACUCUUUUCCAACAAAUAUACUCAUUAAAGUUCGUAAUAAAUUGAAGUUGUGUGCCUGAAAUGGAAUUGAGUCAUCAGUCUUCUGACUGAUUUGAUUUAGCCUGCCAUGAAUUCCUCUCUUGUGCCAACCUCUUCAUCACAGAGUAACACUUGCAACCUAUGUCCUGUAUUAUUUGCAGGAUGUAUUCCAAUCUGUCUUCCUCUGCAGUUUUUGCCUUCUACAGCUGCCUCUAGUACCAUGGAAGUCAUUCCAUGAUGUCUUAACAGAUGUUCUAUUACCCUGUCCCUUCUCCUUGUCAGUGUUUUCCACAUGUUCCUUUCCUCACCAAUUCUGUGCAGAACCUCCUCUUUCCUUACUUUACCAGUCCAUCUAAUUGUCAACAUUCGUCUGUAGCAUCACAUCUCAAAUGCUUCGGUUCUCUUCUGUUCCUCUGUUCCCAGGGUCCAGAUUUCACUACUAUACAAUUCUGUGCUGCUAACACACAUUCUCAGAAAUUUCUUCCUCAAAUUAAGGCCUAUGUUUGAUACAAGUAGACAUCUCUUGGGCAGGAAUGCCCUUUUUGCCAGUGCUAAUCUAUUUUUGAUUGCUCCAUCACUGGUUAUUGCCUGGGUAGUAGAAGUCCUUAACUUCAUCUAAUUCAUGACCAUCAAUCCUGGUGUUAAGUUUCUCGCAUUUCUCAUUUCUACUCCUUCUCAUUACUUUUGUCUUCCUUCAAUUUAAUCUCAGUCCAUAUUGUGUACUCAUUAGACUGUUUAUUCCAUUCAGAAGAUCCUGUAAUUCUUCUUCACAUUCACUCAGGAUAGCAGUGUCAUCAGCGAAUCGUAUCAUUGAUAUUCUUCCACCUUACAUUUUAUUUCCACUCCUGAACCUUUCUUUUAUUUCCAUCAUUGCUUCUUCAAUGUACAGAUUGAACAGUAGCAGUGAAAGACUGCAUCAAUGUCUUACACCCUUUUCAAUCUGAGUGCUACGAUCGUGGUCACCCAUUCUUAUUAUUCUAUCUUGUUCUUGUACAUAUUGUAUAUUACCCGUCUCUCCCUAUAGCUUACCCCUUUUUUUCUCAGAAUUUUGAACAUCUUGACAUAUUUUACAUUGUUGAACACUUUUUCCAGGUCGACAAUUCAAGUGAACAUGUCUUGAUUUUUUUUCUUUAGUCUUGCUUCUAUUAUCAACCGCAACAUCAGAAGUGACCCUCUGGUGCCUUUACCUUUCCUAAGCCAAACUGAUCAUCAUCUAACACAUACUCAUUUUUCUUUUCCAUUCUUCUGUUCAUUAUUCUUGUAAGCAUGAGCUGUUAAGCUGAUGGUGCGAUAAUUCUCACAUUUGUUGGCUCUUGCAGUCUUCGAAAUUGUGUUGUUGAUAUUUUUCCGAAAGUCAGAUGGUAUGUCGCCAGACUCGUACAUUCUACAUACAAAUGUGAAUAGUCGUGUGCCCCCAGUGAUUUUAGGAAUUCUGAUGGAAUGUUAUCAGUCCCUUCUGUCUUAUUUGAUCUUAAGUCCUUCAAAGUUCUCAUAAAUUCUGAUUCAAAUACUGGAUCCCCUCUCUCUUGUAUAUUGACUCCUGUUUCUUCUUCUAUCACAUAAGACAAGUCUUCCCCCUCAUAGAGGCCUUCAAAAUACUCUUCCGCCUAUCCGCUCACUCCUCUGCAUUUAACAGUGAAAUUCCUGUUGCACUCUUAAUGUUACCACCCUUGUUUUUAAUUCCACCUAAGGUUGUUUUGACUUUCCUAUACACUGAGUCAUUCCUUCCAACGAUCAUUUCUUUUCCGAUUUCUUAAUAUUUUUCAUGUGGCUAUUUCAUCUUAGCUUUCCUGCACUUCAUAUUUAUUUCAGUCCUCAGUGACAAUAUUUCUGUAUUCCUGAAUUUCCCAGUACAUUUUUGUACUUUCUUCUUUCAUCGAUCAACUGAAGUAUUUCUUCUGUUACCCAUGGCUUCUUCACAGUGAACUUCUUUGUACCUAUGUUUUUCUUUCUAACUUCUGUGAAUGCCCUUUUUAGAGAUGUCCAUUCCUCUUCAACUGUACUGCCUGCUGGGCUAUUCUUUAUUGCUAUAUCUACAGCCUUAGAGAACUUCAAGCAUAUCUCAUCAUUCUUCAGUACUUCUGUAUCCCGCUUCUUGUGUAUUGAUUCUUCCUGACUAAUCUCUUAAACUUUCAGUCUGCUCUUCAUUACUACUACUUUGUGAUAGUCUAUAUCUGCUCCUGAAUAUGCUUUAAAAUACAGUAGCUGAUUUCGGAAUCUCUGUCUGACCAUGAGGUAAUCUAACUGAAAUCUUUCCAUAUCACCCAGCCUUUUCUACGUAUACCUCCUCUUCUUGUGAUUCUUGAACAGAGUAUUCACUAUUACUAGCAGGCCUUACAUUACGAAAAAGACCAUUUCUCUCAAAAGACAGGGUUCUAUGUAUGAGACAUGGUCCAGUACAAAGUGUUAAUCUUUCAGGAACUUUCAAUAUAACAUAUACUCUACUGGAGCAUUAAAGAUUAAUUCUGAGACCACAUCAAUGUUGACACACUUAUCUCAAAUUCCUCAGCAUACUAUCCUCUAAGUACUUGUUAAAUAUAGAGAAGGCAGCUGUUGAUACAGCAGAGUAAAGAAAUCACUUUGGGCUGGAUCAAGAAGCUCAGUAUCUUACAGAAUUUUAAAAGGUUUUGAUGAAGACUGUGUAAAAUGUGAUAUUAUCAUUAAAAAAUACUACUUAAA